AUGUUACUAUUACGUGUAUUUAUUUAUUUUCUGAUAUUAUUAUUGUUAAUAAUUAAUUGUUGUGAAGCCCAAAAUGAAAUACGUAAUGCUGUAAAAGCUAAAAAAAAUCGAAAAAUCAAUGAAGGAAAAAAAAAAAUUGAACGAGGUAAACAAACUGUUCAAUAUAUUAAAAAUCAAGUAACAGCACCAUAUCAUCAUGCAACUGAAAAAGUUAAACGAAAAUAUCAAAAUACAAAACGAAAAAUACAAGCUAUUGAAAAAAUUAUUAAUUCAUAA